AUGCAAUCUAGCAAGUAUGACGAAAUUGAAUCUUACCGGAGGUUAAGGGACAACAAAGGAGUUGAAUUGAGUCCAGAAUCUCAUUUGAUGCCUCCACGUCAUGAUAUUUAUGAUGGGUCCUUGAUGAGGCCUCUGAACCUUGGUAUUGGAUCCUCACGUGGGGACCGGAGGAGUGGUUCAAUGGAAAGGAGAGACUAUGGAUGGGGAAGAAAUGAAAUUGGAAGGUCGAGAUCACCCCGGUUUGGGCAAGUACACAAAAGAAUUAACUGUGGCCUAUCAUCAAGUAGGGAUGAAAUGAGGAGGAAGUAUGAGUUUUGCGAUUACAUGGAUAGGUUAGACAACGUGGACACUAGUUUGAAGUGCAAUUACAGUGAUAAGAGUAGGUUCAGUGGUAAUACAGGGAAGGACAUUGCCAGGGACAGAGCCUUGGGAGCUGAUUUGAAGCAUGAUUACAGUGGAAACAAGUCUAUGGUUCAAGAAGAUGGGACUGGUCAAGGAAGACACAGGUUGUCUGGGGAUGUGAGACCCUCAAAUUAUCAUGAACAUAGUGAGAAUUUCGGACCUUCGAUGAACGCGGAUUUAGGUAGAUUUAAGGAUGGAGGAGUCAAGUAUCCUGACUCAGUUUUGUUGGAUAAAAUAUCAGCUAUAGAAAGAUAUGAAAAAUUAUCUUCAAGGGACGUAUCUCACUUUAAAGAUUUGACAUUUCCUUCUAAAGGCUUUAGUGACAGGUCUCAGUUCAAGGAAUUUGGAAGCAUGUCUGCAGGUCUGAGUGGCAACUUUCUGGAUUCCCACAAAGAAGGUAUGUCUGUUUCUACAGAUAUGUACCGAGGGAGCUCUACAAAGGCCUUGGAACCAUUUUCCUUAAAUGAAUAUGGCCAUAGGCGGAGUUCAGAAACUCGUAGAGCUCCUGAACCAGGUCAUAAGGACCUGAUGGGUUAUCAGUGGGAUACAUUUCGUCCCAACAAGGAAGAUGAGGAUGAUUUAUAUGCUAAACCAAGGCAAAGGGAGGACAAGUUUUGUGAUUAUGCGUCUGAGGAACUAAACACAAGGAGGCUUUUAUAUGAGCGAGAUUCUUAUGACCCAAGAGAUAUGCUAACACAAAAGGAAUCAAUCCGGCAACAUAUUGAUGAUCAUGAGCAUUCUCCAAGAAAUGUUGACAGAAGUUUGCAGGACCUCUCUUCUUACCAGAGUCACUUCGCUUCAGAAUCCCUCGACGAUAGCAGAUUGCCUUGUACAUCAGAACACGGUGGAAGGUAUCUAGAAACUCGAAGAGCUCCUGAACCAGGUCAUAAGGACCUGAUGGGUUAUCAGUGGGAUACAUUUUGUCCCAACAAGGAAGAUGAGGAUGAUUUAUAUGCUAAACCAAGGCAAAGGGAGGACAAGUUUUGUGAUUAUGCGUCUGAGGAACUAAACACAAGGAGGCUUUUAUAUGAGCGAGAUUCUUAUGACCCAAGAGAUAUGCUAACACAAAAGGAAUCAAUCCGGCAACAUAUUGAUGAUCAUGAGCAUUCUCCAAGAAAUGUUGACAGAAGUUUGCAGGACCUCUCUUCUUACCAGAGUCACUUCGCUUCAGAAUCCCUCGACGAUAGCAGAUUGCCUUGUACAUCAAAACAUGGUGGAAGGCAUCUAGAUUGUGGAAGCCCUGGGGUAGCCUUUGAAAUGGAUGCUUUAAGAGAACCGGAAUUGUCAAGUUUGGGCGUUUCACAUGACAAUGAUAUCUUGCGAACAAAAUAUGAUUUUAAAUGUAUUGCUGGUUGGCCUAUCAGAGAAAGAAUGAGAAAUUCUUCUGACUGUCAUCAUACUUCAGAAAGGCAUGAUUUUAAAAUUAUGGUGUCAAGUGAACUGAAUUGGAAUAAACUUGAUAGAACUCAUGAUCUGACAGAUAGAGAUGAGAGAUGUAAUGAAUAUGCAGAUGAUCUGUCAUUCUCAAAGACAUUGGAAUUUGAAAAUGGCAGGUGCAGUAGGGCAGGUAAAAGAACUUUUGGUGCAGAAUCUGGUAGAAUUUCUGCACCUGAGGAUUGGUCGACGCCUUAUGAGUCUGCAAAACAUGUUGAAGAGUAUUCAAUUAAAUCUGGUAGGAAAAAACCAAAAGUUCAUGUAGGACCUGGUUUGCUUAAUUUGUACAGUUCACAACGCUCUGAUAAGAAACAUUAUCUUUUGAAAAAUGUUUGGGUAAGAGGCAGAGAUGAUGUAAAAGUAGACAUGCACGCAACUGAUGUCGAAGGAACAGAAAAUUUGUCGGGUUCUGCCAAGUCUGAGCCACCUGAGAAUUCAGAGGAAUUUAAGCAAAUAGUACAUUGGUUCUUCUUAUCUUUCACUAAAAAAAUCAAUAUGAGUCCAAGUGCUCAUAAACGGUACAAGGAGCAAGGCAAAGCUGGUAGCUUGUUCUGCAUUGUUUGCAGCAGAAGUCAAUCAAAAGAGUUCACAGACACACAAAGCUUGUUGGCACAUUGCUCCAUGUCACACAAGUUCGGUUUGAGAGCACAACAUUUGGGUCUUCACAGAGCAAUAUGUGUUCUAAUGGGAUGGGACAGUAAGACUGCCUCAAGUGUUCCUACAGUGGUUUCCAAUUCUGAAGCUUUGGCUCAAAAAGAUGACCUUAUACUCUGGCCUCCAGUUGUCAUUGUACAUAACACUUGUAAGUUUCGCCGAAGUUCCGCAGGAAAAGAAGUGAUAAAUCUGGAAGCCUUCGAGGACUUCCUUAGAGGUAAAGGCUUUAGUGGUGGACAAAUGAAGGUAUGCCUCGGGAAUCCUGGAAACACUAUUAUAAUGGUUGUGAAAUUCUUGGGCACGGUAACUGGUUUACAAGAUGCAGAGAAACUAAAGAAAUACUUCGAAGAAAACAAGCGUGGUAGAGCAGAUUUUGAGAAACUUGCUUCUGUUAAAGGCAAAAGCCGCAAUGGUCAUGAAGCCGGAACAAAGGCAGGCAAGCUUGACGAGCUUUUUCUGUAUGGCUACAUGGGAAUAGCAGAGGAUCUGGAUAAAGUUGAUUUUGACACAAAGAGGAGGUGUUCGGUUAGGAGCUACAAGGAGAUUCAGGAUAUUGCUAAUGAUCCUGUCAAAUUUGAUCAGAGCUAG